AUGUUGGUGAUGGACCAGGAGGGGAGGCUGGGUUUGAAGGUCGGGCAGGCGAGGGCGGAGGCGGAGCAGGUUGAGGAUGUGGUUGUGGUUGAGGAGGCUGGUUUGGUCGAGGCUGUUGUGGUUGAUGUUGUUUUGGAUGAUGCGGAUGGUGUGGUGGAAGAUUUGGUAGUGGAAGAUGGGGAUGGGGAUGAAGUUGCUGUUGAUAUUUUUACUGCUGAAGAAGCCGUUAUGGGAGAUGCCGCUGUCGAUGAGACUAUGGUCGACGAUGCUGCUGUUGAUAUUGUUGUUGUGGAAGACGUGGUUGCAGACGAUACUACUGUGGACGAUGCUGCUGUGGACGAUGCUGUUGCAGCAUAUGCAGCUGUAGAUGAUACAGCAGUGGAUGAUGCUACCGACGACGAUAUUACCGACGGGGAUGCUACCGACGAGGAUGCUACCGACGACGAUGCUACCGACGAUGAUACUGCUGCUGCUGAUGUUACUGCGGAAGGCGCUGCGGAAGGCGCUGCGGAAGAAGAUACGUUCGAUGUUGCCGAUGAGUCGGGUUGA